CCUGUCAAGACCAAUCUACUCUAUGAUCCGCAAUCAAAGUUCCAACAAGGCACAUUCAAGGUCACGCACUUCGGCACAAUCAGUCCUCCACUGCCUGCAUUCGGUAGUACUGGUUAUGUGGCCAUUAAACGUGCAUUUGUGCGUGAUAGGGCCAUGGCAUCCCCGCAUCCUAUGUUCUAUGAUGCUGCAAAGCAGGCAGAGUUGCUGUCGGUGGAGGUCAACUGUGCGCAGUGGGCUGCCGGUCUUAUGCAGCUUUGCUACGCUUUUAUACAAAGGGAAGAUGUCAUACGUGGACCACCUCCAUUCACCAUUCCUCAGCUGCAAUUUGUUUGUGUCGGCUUGGCAGUGGAGGAUGCAAGCGACAUAAACGAUCAGAACCCAUCUCGCCGCCGCCAGGUUUUUUUGCUUGAACAGUACAUCGAUUCAACAGCCGAGGGACGCUGGCGCAAAUAUAUUAACAAUGACACGCCUACUCCACUCGCAAUGAUUGAUGAAGAUGAUCAACACCGCGCUGACUUCCUGGCCUUUUGUCAGCAUAUACAGUUUUUGAAGACGAAGCGCCUGCUCUUCGUCUCUGACUUUCAAGGCAAGUACUACAUCCUAUAG